UCGAUGCAACUCUUUUUGUUUAUAAAAUCAAAAUGGGCUUGACGUGGCAGCGGUUGAGAUUUAAUUUAUUAGUGACCAUUGGAUUAACAUCCUUUUGCCUGCUCAUUAAAACAAUCAGCGCACAAGAAGCACAACAACCAUGGUACGAAAAUUUGCCCGCAGUCGCCAUGGAUUAUAAGGUACACAUAGAUGCCGGCAAGGAGGACUGCUAUCAUCAGUAUGUGCAGGCGGGUGCCACCUUUUACGUAUCAUUCAGCGUUGUGCGCGGCGGAGACGGCAUGGCUGGCUUUGCCGUACGCAAUCCGGCUGGCGAAAUCGUGAAGCCCUACCAGUGGCAGGCCACGGCGGAUUAUACGGACCAAGUGUCGCCCGGUGGCUACUAUUCCGUGUGCAUUGACAAUCAGUUCUCGCGCUUUGCGGGCAAACUGGUCAACAUCUACAUCACGGUCGUCAAGUACGAUGCGUGGGACAAGUACGCCAAGGAGAUCGAAGAGCUGCAGCUGAAUAUGCAAAACUUUACGACCACAAUUGGCACCGUUGAGCGCAACAUUAAUGAUAUGCUCGGCUAUCAGGCGCACAGCAGGCAUCGUGAAUCGCGCGAUUAUGCCCUGCUGCUGGACAACAAUUCCUAUAUACAAACAUUCUCCAUUAGCCAGAUUGUGGUCAUUCUGAUUACGUGCUCCAUACAGGUAUUCUUCGUGCGCAAACUGUUCGAAGUGAAGACUACCUCCAAGAGCCGUAUUUAGUUGCUAAUAGGACCUUUUUCAUGGUCGCCAAACUUGCGGCAUUUAUGCACAAAGCUGUAAAAAAAACACUUUUGUACUUUCCUCCGUUCUUUUAUAUGUACUUCACACGUUCCCCAAGCGCACUGCACAUACACACCAAGCAUUCAUCAUGGAACCUAUUAUAAUAUGUAAUUAUUUUAAUGUUGGCAAACAGAACAAGUGCAAACUUAACAGACUUCAA